AUGCCGCAGCCGCUGCUGCCAGCGCUUCCUCCUCAGUCUUCGCCGUGCGCUGCUGGUUCCUACGGCCCGAGCGGCGGGGAGGUGAAACAGGAGCCUGUCGGAGGAAGAGGAAGAAGGGGGUGGAGAGUCGCCCCCUCCUCGCAGCCGCGUCGCCGCCCCCGUCUAGCUCUCCCCACCCAGUGCAGUGGCCGCCGCCUCUUCCGCCGCCGGGCUCUGGGCCUCCGCACCGACAACAUGGAGGCUGUGAAAACCUUCAAUAGCGAGUUGUAUUCCCUGAAUGACUACAAGCCACCCAUUUCUAAAGCGAAAAUGACGCAAAUUACUAAAGCAGCCAUCAAAGCUAUUAAGUUCUAUAAACAUGUGGUACAGAGUGUUGAGAAAUUCAUUCAGAAAUGUAAACCAGAAUACAAGGUACCUGGACUUUAUGUUAUUGACUCUAUUGUACGACAAUCUCGACAUCAGUUUGGUCAAGAAAAGGAUGUGUUCGCACCCAGAUUUAGUAAUAACAUCAUUAGCACUUUCCAGAAUUUAUAUCGUUGCCCUGGAGACGACAAGAGUAAAAUAGUGAGAGUAUUAAACUUAUGGCAGAAGAAUAAUGUAUUUAAAAGUGAGAUUAUUCAACCUCUUUUGGAUAUGGCAGCGGGGAUUCCUCCUCCAGUUGUCACACCUGUUUUGGCCAGUACUACUGCUGCUAUGAGCAAUACCCCAGGAACUCCUGUGACACCUGUUACUCCAGCCAAUGUGGUCCAAGGUUUACCUGAUCCGUGGGUGUCUCAGAUAACAAAUACAGAUACCCUUGCAGCUGUAGCUCAGAUCUUACAAAGUCCUCAAGGCCAACAGCUUCAGCAGUUAAUACAGACUUUACAGAUACAGCAGCAGAAGCCUCAGCCUUCCAUCUUGCAAGCCCUGGACGCCGGCCUUGUGGUCCAGCUGCAGGCUCUUACAGCACAGCUCACAGCAGCGGCUGCAGCAGCCAGCACCCUUAAUCCCCUAGAACAGGGAGUGUCUUUUAACAAGAAGUUGAUGGAUAGGUUUGAUUUUGGGGAAGAUUCUGAGCAUAGUGAAGAACCCAAAAAGGAAAUUCCAGCUUCUCAACUUUCUCAUGUUUCAGAAUCUGUGAACAAUUCCAUCUUUCAUCAGAUAGCAGAACAGCUACAGCAGCAAAAUCUUGAACAUCUCAGACAGCAACUCCUGGAACAGCAACAGCCUCAAAAGGCAACUCCUCAGGAUAGUCAAGAAGGAACAUUUGGGUCAGAGCAUUCCGUGUCACCAUCACAAGGGAGCAGUCAACAGCAUUUCCUUGAACCUGAAGCAAAUUUGGAUGAUUCCAUAGAUAUUCAGCAGCAGGAUAUGGAUAUAGAUGAAGGGCAAGAUGGAGUGGAAGAGGAGAUCUUUGAACAGGAAGCAAAGAAAGUGGCUGUUCGCUCAAGAUCAAGAACGCAUUCACGAUCUCGUUCAAGAUCACCAAGAAAACGAAGGUCUAGGUCACGAUCUGGUUCUCGAAAGCGUAAACACAGAAAGCGAUCACGCUCUCGCUCUAGAGAAAGAAAAAGGAAAUCAUCACGUUCAUACUCAAGUGAAAGAAGAGCUAGAGAAAGGGAGAAAGAACGACAGAAGAAAGGAUUGCCUCCAAUUAGAUCUAAAACAUUAAGUGUAUGUAGUACUACUCUGUGGGUUGGUCAGGUAGACAAGAAGGCAACCCAGCAAGAUUUAACCAACCUGUUUGAAGAGUUUGGACAGAUUGAAUCCAUUAAUAUGAUUCCUCCCAGGGGCUGUGCUUAUGUCUGCAUGGUUCAUCGACAAGAUGCAUUUCGGGCUCUUCAGAAACUUAGUUCCGGGUCGUAUAAAAUUGGGUCCAAGGUCAUUAAGAUUGCUUGGGCUUUAAACAAAGGUGUGAAAACAGAAUACAAACAAUUCUGGGAUGUGGAUCUUGGAGUAACAUAUAUACCAUGGGAAAAAGUUAAAGUGGAUGACUUGGAAGGUUUUGCAGAAGGAGGCAUGAUUGAUCAGGAAACUGUAAAUACUGAGUGGGAAAGUGUGAAAAGCUCAGAACCCGUUAAAGAGACGGUCCAGACAACUCAGAGCCCACCUCCAGUUGAAAAGGAGACAGUGGUCACAACCCAGGCAGAGGUUUUCCCUCCACCUGUUGCUAUGUUACAGAUUCCAGUAGCUCCAGCAGUGCCUACAGUUAGUUUAGUCCCACCAGCCUUUCCUGUGUCAAUGCCAGUUCCUCCUCCUGGAUUCAGUCCAAUUCCUCCACCGCCUUUUCUCCGUGCGAGUUUUAACCCUUCACAACCACCUCCUGGUUUCAUGCCACCUCCAGUUCCACCACCUGUUGUACCACCACCUACUAUUCCACCAGUAGUACCAACAUCUUUAGUGCAGCCGCCAUUAUCUAUGACUCCAGAAACUGUGAAAGAUGUUGGAUUUGGUAGCCUUGUUUUGCCAGGUGGUUCUGUUGCCAGCAGUCUUGCUACUUCCACUCUGCCAGCUGGAAGUGUUUUUAAUCCUCCAACUAAACAAGCAGAGCCUGAAGAAAAAGUACCUCAUCUUAUAGACCACCAGAUUUCUUCUGGUGAAAACACCAGAUCAGUGAUUCCAAAUGAUGUUUCAGGUGGUGCUGCGAUUUUAGGAGGACAGCCGCCAAAUGUGACGAACAAUUCUGGAAUUCUGGGAGUCCAAAGACCAAAUGUAUCAAGUAAUAAUGAAAUUCUUGGAGUCCGGCCAUCUAAUGUUUCCAAUAGUUCUGGGAUUAUUGGAGCCCAGCCACCAAAUAUUCUAAAUAACUCUGGAAUUUUGGGAAUACAGCCACCAAAUGUGUCGAGUAGUUCUGGACUUCUGGGCAUGCUACCCCCAAAUAUACCUAACAAUUCCGGACUUAUAGGAGUACAGCCACCCGGUGUUCCAAAUACUUCUGGACUUUUGGGAACACAGCCACCAGCUGGGCCUCAAAAUUUACCCCCUUUAAAUCUUUCUAAUCAAAGGAUGCCUGCAAUGCCAAUGUUAGACAUUCGUCCAGGACUAAUACCACAGACACCUGGACCAAGAUUCCCGUUAAUGCAGCCUGGAAUUCCACCUCAGCGGGGACUCCCUCCCCCAGCGGUACUUGAUGCAGCUCUUCAUCCACCACCCCGUGGUCCUUUUGCUCCAGGAGAUAUUUUUAGUCCACCUGAAAGACCUUUUCUAGUUCCUGGAAGACAAAGUGUAGACAAUGUUGCUAAUCCAGAAAAAAGGAUACCACUUGGGAAUGAUAACAUUCAACAGGAAGGAGAUAGAGAUUACCGGUUUCCUCCCAUAGAAACCAGGGAAACCAUUAGUAGACCUCCCCCGGUGGAUGUUAGGGAUGUGGUUGGACGGCCUGUAGAUCCAAGAGAAGGUCCUGGAAGGCCUCCAUUAGAUGGUAGAGAUCAUUUUGGAAGACCUCCUGUAGAUAUUAGAGAGAAUCUGGUGAGGCCAGGCAUAGAUCAUCUUGGUCGAAGAGACCACUUUGGCUUUACUCCAGAGAAGCCCUGGGGGCAUAGAGAUUUUGACGAGAGAGAGCAUCGGGUUCUGCCUGUCUAUGGUGGUCCAAAAGGCUUACAUGAAGAAAGAGGUAGAUUUCGGUCUGGAAACUACCGUUUUGAUCCUAGAAGUGGUCCUUGGAACAGAGGAUUUGGACAAGAAGUUCACAGAGAUUUUGAUGACCGCAGAAGACCCUGGGAGAGGCAAAGGGAUAGGGAUGACAGAGAUUUUGAUUUCUGCAGAGAAAUUAAUGGAAAUCGUUUUGGACGAGAUAGAAUUCAAAACACCUGGGUCCCCCCUCCUCAUGCUCGGGUUUUUGAUUUUUUUGAAGGGGCCACUUCUCAGCGAAAAGGUGAUAAUGUGCCUCAGGUUAAUGGUGAAAACACCGAGAGACAUGCUCAGCCACCACCUUUACCAGCGCAGAGUGAUCCUGAACUUUAUGAAAAACUGACAUCUUCAAGUGAAAUAAACAAGGAGAAGAGUGACACAGUUGCUGAUAUAGAGAGUGAACCAGUGGUAGAAAGCACAGAAACUGAGGGGACAUAAUCAUCACUCAGUAGGACAGAAUGACUCGGAAGAUAAUGGAGCUUCGAAGUCUAGCAGAAUAUGAAGUCCUUCCUCUUCGUGGAUCUCGUUUAAAUUUAAGGGGAAGAAGCCAAGCAGCCUGAGACAGUGAGGCAGUUAUCAGUCGCCAGCUCCCGGAUGACAGAAGAGAGGAGAAAGGAGAUUUUCAGAGCCCAGUUAUGUUAGACAUAUUAACAGAGGAAUCUAACGUGACAGAAGAAAAAAAAAGAGGAGAUUCUUGCCCCCGAGGGCAAAGCGUUCAGUUGCCACAGCACUGAACGGGGCUUUGCAAAAGGAGCUGGUAGACGGAUGCGCUAACAGCAGGUCUCCACCACUGCCUGUCAAUCACCCCUCUGUUCAGCUUGCCCCUGGGAUGAUGCUGGGGAGACACAAAAGUACCUCUAGCACUUCCUCAGGAUGGCUUGUUUCUCAUGACCUCAUCACAGUGAAAAGAAGAUGGAUUUCUCAACCACUUCCUCCUGCAGUAGGAGUUUGAAAAGUGCCGUGAAGUAGAUCGUGCAAGCUCCUGAAACAGCCGCUAAAAGAACCGUUUGUAUUCCGCCAAUGAUCUUCAGAAAGGAGAGAUGCAGCCUCCCUUGAAAAGGCUAUCCUCUGACUUCUCCAAAGUUAGCCUGACCCACUGGCAGAGAUGCCUGCCUACGCUGGGCUGGAGUCAGUGUGGUCUUUGUCUGUUUACUGGAUCCUGGGGCACUGGGAGCGAGGCUGCAUCGAGCCUGUUAGUUUGGGGCAUGAAGUAACAGAAAAGCACUUGGUGGAAGUAACCGUCACUGGGAUCCUCCUUCUCGCCGCCAAACAAGCUGUAAAAGUGAAUUUGAGCUCCGUGGAGAUAGGUAUUAAACGCAGUCUUGACUGGUAUUCCACUGUGUGUGUGUGUGUGUGUGUGUGUGUGUGUGUGUGUGUGUCUAAUGUCAUUUCUGGCAGGGCCCGGGCUGAGGCAGAGAGUUUACUUGGCAAGAAGAUUCUCUUUCCUCAGGUUUUGGGAAAGAGAAAAGAGAACAAAACCCCCCACAACUUCCAAAACAAACAGAAAA